GUCCAACCCCUCUUCCCAACCAUCUCCCCAACAGGUCCAACAGACUCUGGAGGCCCGGGCAGCCGCUGCAGCCACAGUAGUUCCUCCCAUGGUGGGUGGUCCUCCUUUUGUGGGCCCAGUUGGCUUUGGCCCUGGUGAUCGGAGUCACCUGGACAGUCCAGAGGCUCGAGAAGCCAUGUUCCUGCGGCGAGCAGCUGUGGCCCCUCAGAGGGCCGCUGUCCUGCGUCCAGCCUUCGUCCCUCACGUGCUACAGAGAGCAGAUUCUCUUCUCUCUUCUGCAGCAGGCGGUCCCCGCCCGAUGGCCCUGCGCCCCCCACACCAGGCUCUUGUGGGACCCCCUCUGCCUGGGCCCCCUGGACCACCCAUGAUGCUGCCACCAAUGGCCCGGGCCCCGGGUCCCCCCUUGAGCUCCAUGGCUGCUCUGAGGCCUCCCCUGGAAGAGUCAGCAGCACCCCGAGAGCUGGGCCUAGGCCUGGGGUUGGGCCUGAAAGAGAAGGAAGAGGCAGUGGUGGCAGCGGCAGCGGCAGCUGGGCUGGAGGAGGCUGGUGCUGCGGUGGCUGUGGGAGCAGGAGGUGCUCCUGCUGGCCCUGCAGUCAUUGGGCCCAGCCUGCCACUGGCCCUCGCCAUGCCAUUACCUGAGCCCGAUCCCCUGCCCCUCCCACUGGAGGUAGUACGUGGCCUGCUGCCCCCAUUGCGCAUUCCUGAGCUCCUGUCCCUGCGUCCACGACCCCGGCCCCCUCGGCCUGAGCCACCUCCUGGCCUCAUGGCUCUCGAGGUGCCAGAGCCCAUGGGUGAAGACAAGAAGAAAGGGAAGCCAGAGAAAUUGAAACGCUGCAUUCGCACAGCAGCUGGAAGCAGCUGGGAGGACCCUAGCCUGUUGGAGUGGGAUGCCGAUGACUUCCGCAUCUUCUGUGGAGAUCUGGGCAAUGAGGUGAAUGACGACAUCUUGGCACGCGCCUUCAGCCGCUUCCCAUCCUUCCUUAAGGCUAAGGUGAUCCGAGACAAGCGCACAGGCAAGACCAAGGGCUACGGCUUUGUCAGCUUCAAGGACCCCAGUGACUAUGUGCGCGCCAUGCGAGAGAUGAAUGGGAAGUACGUGGGCUCACGCCCCAUCAAGCUCCGCAAGAGCAUGUGGAAGGACCGGAACCUGGACGUGGUCCGAAAGAAGCAGAAAGAGAAGAAGAAGUUGGGCCUGAGAUAGGGUCUGUGGCUGGGCACCCGCUCUCACUCGGCCGGGCGCUGGCUUCUCCAACAGCUGUCUUUGGAAAACCCUGACUGUCCACCCACCCGCCCCGAAAAACAGUUUCAAUAAAUUUACAUUCAUUUC